CUAGAUGAAAAGAAUGAAGAUUGUCUUUUCCUGAACGUUUUUGUGCCAUCUUCCACUAAACCAAAUGACACGAAGGCAGUUAUGGUCUGGAUUCACGGUGGCGGAUUCCAGUAUGGUUCUUCUAACAUCUAUCGCGGCGGGGUUCUAGCAGCUUUUAAUGAUGUCAUUAUUGUGACCUUGAACUACCGCCUAGGUGUGCUUGGCUUUAUAAAUGCCCCUGGCACUGAUGUCAAAGGAAACUAUGGAAUGUUAGAUCAGGUUUGAUGCUCUUUUUUUAUACACCUUUCAAUUCCACUAUCACAAUCAUCGCCGCCGUCACAACAGCCACUUUGACUACCAGUUACUUAACUUAGAGUCCUUUUACACUGGCGUAGCCGUCGUCAGGUCGUGUUUUUUCGCCCGCGUGACUAAUAAAAGGCCACUUAAUGAAGCUAAUUUUUCUCUUUUUUCUUUUCUUUCAAAUAAAGGUAUUGGCAUUAAAGUGGGUUCAAAGUAACAUUGCUAACUUUGGUGGCGAUCCCAACAAAGUGACCAUUUUUGGCGAGAGUGCAGGGGGUGUUAGCGUCUCGCUUCAUCUUAUCUCGCCGUUAUCCAAGGGUCUGUUUCAAAGAGCCAUCAUGCAUAGUGGAGUAUCUUGUAUGCCUGCUUUCAGUGGAAAGGUUAUCAAACCUAUACAACUUGAAUGGUAUGCCAAACGUAUCAACUGCAGUUUGGGAUCCGAUAUUGUUGAGUGUGUGCGAAGCAAGUCUGUCGAAGACAUUGUGUCAGUACAGAGUUUGUUCUUGCGUGAGCGGUACAUCGGUCCUCGGGAUAUCAUUGGUCCUAUAGUUGAUGGUGAAUUUCUGCCCGAUCUUCCUGUUAACUUGUUUGAAACAGGAAAAUUCCACGACGUUGAUGUCAUAAGUGGUUUUGCUUCCAACGAAGGCGCCCUGUUUGCGAUGAUGAUGCCACCUGACCUUGUCAAAGAUGGAGUGGAGCGAACUGUCUUUGAAUCUUUCGUUAGGUAUGAACUGUUCUAUAGCGAUUUUCAAGGAAAGAGUCCACUCUUAGAAGACCUAAUUAUUUUCCAGUACACUGACCAUGCAGACCCUCUCAACAAGAUUGCCAUUCGUCAGUCGCUCAUGGAUUGCGCUUCUGAUGCGAUGUUUGUCGGACCUGCCAUAAAGGAGGCUAAAGCCCUCGCGAAGGUAAAGUACUUCAAUUGUUAUAAUAAUAAAAAAUAGGCUGCGAGACGGUCAGUUUCUUUCUCUUCCUUUUUCUUUUCAAAUGAAUCGCUGCUUGCAAGACGGCAAGAGUAUUAUCUGUUUAAAGGGGAGCCGGGGAGGAGAGAAGAAAAAAGCGCGAGGAAGAGUCAGAGAAGGGAGAGACAGUGGCGCCUUCCUCUCGUCCCCUCCCCCUCUUAAAUUUCCCUUCCCCUAACCCCUAAGGAAGUUCUGUUACUCAGCCUUCAAACCAUGAAAACACUAGGCGUAGUGUGUUUGAAGGGUUCGGAAUUCUCUCUUAGCAUUUUACUCAAUUCAAUUUACCUACGCUCCAAACGUUUCGUUUAACAUACUUUCACAUAAUUGAUGGCCAAUGAUGAAAACGCAGAUCAUGCAUGCAUUCUCGGCCAUAAUGAAAAGUUGACUUCCCUGCUUAAUAACACUUAAGUCACAUUUGAUAUCUAUCUCAGUCAUAUUUCCUACUGCUAAUCGUUUGAACAAAGCAGGAAAUAAUUCUCAGGGUGUCAUGAUUUGUACAGCUCUAUGUAUCAAGUACUAAACUGUAAACUAAUUUCGAUUCCUAAUUUUUCACAGGCUGGACGUCUACCACGUGUUUAUGUGUUCGAUUAUCGACCAACGUUUGCGGGAACUCCCGAAUGGAUGGGAGUUAUCCAUGGGAUAGACAUCGCAUUUACAUUUGGUUUCGCCUUUAUGGAGAAAACUCGUCUAUCUCCAAUACGUGAAGCGUUUUUGAGAAACUUCACCGAAAUAGAAAAAGGUUUCAGUUUGCAAGUGAUGAAAAUGUUCACGGACUUCGCCAAAUAUGGGUAAGAAUAAGUCAAACAGUAGCAAUUCUUAAUUUUUGAUCUAGCUUGCAUUUGAUUUAGCAAUCCCCCUAGGAAUGAAAUAAUACAUACACUGCCCGACCUCUUCCCCAACUCCCAACAGGUUUGAUCAGUCAAUUAAGAAUAAAGAUGGUAACAGGGUAUUAUCCAAGUGUUUUAGGGCCUGUUUACAGGGAGGUGGGGGACCCAAGGUAGGUGAGGUAACCCGUCCGUCCAUAAAUGUCUCAUUUUCAUUUGAUCACGUUUACAUGAUAGUUGGGGUGACCAGCCACAUGUUACCCCACCUACAUGUACCUGGGUCCCCCGCCUCCAUGUAAACGGGCCCUGAAUCGAACUGUCGUUAUCUUUUAGAACUCCAAAUCCUCCCGAAUCUGGUCCAGCAGUAGUUACCUGGCCCCAUUUCACCUUGGGAGAACAGGAAUACCUGGUCCUCGACGUGAAACCGAGGGUGAAGCGUAGGUACAAGGCAGAAAAUAUGGCAUUCUGGAAUGAAGUGAUUCCAAACGUUUCCAAGUUUUUGAACCAAAAAGACGAGGAGAUUUACCAAAAGGCAGCAAAGGAUGAGCUGUAGCUGAUCAAAACUGAGUUGGAAUCUUGCUGUUGUCCGCAGGCAAACUUCGUACGCUUUUUACUUUCCUGUGCCGAACUCAUCAUACUGGGUAACUGAUGACAUCAACGCAUUAUGAUGUUAAAAGUAGCCACUAUAAUUACAUACUGUCAUUACAUUCUUGCCAAAAUGGGCUACAAAAUGAAUAUUCUAUUUCUAAAAUGAACAGAGAUUCUGAGAGAAACGUCUGGGGUUUGUUCUCCUUCCCCAACCAACCAUCCACAUCUUUGUCAAAACGAUAAUAAAGUUACGAAUCAUUUAAUGCUUUUCAUAAUUCAGUAUUUUCGUAUCUAUUUCGGAAGCAGGAUAGAUUUCCUAGUCUCGAUCUUGCAAACAUGUCUUCCACAAUAUAAUUCCAGUUACUGGAUUUUUGCCUUCAAACAGAGCGCGUCCCCUUUACUCCACUUUCACCAAUUUAGUGCCCAUUUAUCCUCCCUGGAUAAGAAUACUAUAUAUUCUACUACUAUCACUACCACUACCACGACCACAACCAUUACCACUAUCAGUACCAGUGCCAGUGCCACUGCAUCUGCUGCUGCUACUCGCAGUAGUGAUGAUAAUAAUGAUAAUAAUUAUAAUGUGAUUCAGAAGACCCAUACAAGUUUGGUGGGCGAGGCGUGGUGCACGUUGUGUGGUAAGACCCCAGAAAAGAGAGGCUCACAUCUUGUCUGGGUGCGGUGCGCUGGCACAGAGCAAGUCCCAUGUUCUGGGAAUCAUAGAGGCCUGUGGCCUGUGUUACAUGACGUACAAGCUCAUUAGGACGUGCCAGUUUUUGCAGAUCAUGAAGAGGUGAGAUGCUAAAGAAAUGACGCGCGAAUCGUCAACCACUAGACCAAGCAGGUCAUUACACUCGAAAUGAACUGUCCGUACGGCCGUUAAGUAUCCCCCCCUCCACCCCUGUUUUGGGAAUUAAAACAGCAGUUCCCUGGUAUCGAAGUGAAACAACAUAACAUCAUUGAAAAGAAUGCAGAAGGCGGUGCUGUCGGUCACGCUCAAUAUUUCCAAGACAUUUAAAGUUUUUACUUGAGAGACGGUUGACUGUAUUCUCCAACGAUGGAAUAAUUGAUUAGUAAAGAACGCCCAUAAAAAUAUAUCGAGAAGUCUUCCCGACGUUAUUUUUGAACGAAACAGUUUUCAGCUUCUUUUUAAUUUUGAACAGACAGGUACAGUUACCUUAUUUGAAGCGCAUGGUAUAAUGGCUCAUAUACCAAGAUGGCUAAGCCAACAGACUGGGCUCUAGAAUUGCAUUAUCCAAUGAUUCAGUCUUUAAUAAUAGUAAUGAAACAAUAAAGAAAUGCAUAUCUUUGAAACUGUUCAACGUCUUAACAACCCAAAAAUCUGGUUAUGGCAACUUCAUUGCACAGCUUGUUAGUCCAUUAUCCUUAGACUUAUCAUGUCCAGUCCAAUCCAACAUUGCCAGUGACCUAGUCACAAACGCAAUAUUUGUGACAGUAUGUCUUUCUGUAUUCUAUCAAUAUUGCCUUCGGCAGUCAGAUAUGUUAAUAUAUCAAGUAUUCAUUUCGUGACCAAAAAUCUCUCCUGAUUAUCUCUGCAGUUGGCGAGUUAGGACGCUAGCUUUUAGGAAAACAACUGCCCGAACUCUGAGCCAUUUUUUCUCCUGGUCGAAAUGGGCUUUAUUUUAUCUAAUCUGCUAAUCUGUAUUUUCGUGACCUUUGCUGUUGUUCUUGCAUUGAAAACAACCCAAGCCGAAGGUGGCCAGAAGCUGCGUUCCCCUGUAGUGCAGACUGACUCUGGUGCUGUUGUUGGCAAUGCUGCGACUCUGCCACUCGGAAAAUCGGUGUAUGAGUACCUUAGCAUUCCGUAUGCUGAAGUUCCGGUUGGAGAUGCGAGGUUUGCGGCUCCACAACCCGUUAAACCUUGGUCGGGGACAAAAGAAACCAUGGAGUUUGGAGCCUCGUGUCUGAUGCCUUUUGUCCCUGGAAUGACUAACUCAAGUACGUUGUUUUUCCGUAUUUAAAUGGGGAAAGGCAGUUAUAUAUCAUUUUAAAACUUGGUAUGUGAUACAAAUUUAGUGUCCCCCAGGGUGGCCAAGUAAGCCGGUGUUUACAUGAGAAAACUCGCACUGGCGCGAGUUCAGUAUACCGGAAUGACUUUUUGAUUUCGUAUCGCGUUACAUGAUGACUGGGUCAUUUCAUAUCUCGUUAUUUGAAGGUACACUUCAUGUUAAUAAAAUACACCUGUGAUUCCCAUCACGCAUGCGCUACCCGUUCCAGUCUAGCAGCAGACCGAUUUCACACCGAAACGAGUGGUCGACCGCCGCCCGGUUAGCUCAGUUAGAAGAGCGCCGGUCUGCUGAGCGGGAGGUCGUGAGUUCAAACCCCGGCCGGACCACCAACCAAUGUCUUUAAAAUACUGGUGAGAUCAUUCUUAGCUGUGAAACUCCUUUCUCAGUACAGAUGAUCAUUGGGCGAUGACGUUAAGCCGUUGGCCUUGUCUCCUUCAUCCUUGUUCGCCAGUUGGAUUGGGGCGUAAAAGAACCCGUGACAUUGUUCGAAAAGAGUAGGGGACGUAAGUCCCGAUGUCAUGGUCUAUCUGACUUUUGCCGUCAUCGGUCUGGGUAGGCGAGGUGUGAUCAAAACAUGGACUGAAGUGGCUGCAAGAGUGCGCCUUUACAUGCUGACGUCCGAUUUCACCUCUCUGGUUCCUCCGCAAUUCAGCCAUUGGUUGCAAGUGAGGAAAGUUGGCACCGCAUAUCUUGUCGUUUCGCGUUCACAUGAUACUGUUACGAGAUUUCGUACCGGAGUGAAAUUCUCGCCCCGAUACGACAACCGGGGUGAACUCACGCUGGGGUGACACGCGCCGACAUGGCAUUUUGUGGUGGUAUCACGUAAACAAAUAUAGAGCCAUGAGAGGGAACCGGACUGUACUCACGCCGGCGCAAAAGGCGCCACGGUGUCAUGUAAACACCCCCUAAGAGACUCGGAGGUUUGGCCAUUCAAUGAAAGUUUAGGUCGAGGUGUAAGGCCUUCAAACCCUGACCAGGUAUAAAACAAAAAUUGUUGAUUUCGCUACCCUGUUAAACCUCAGGACUUCUAAAAAAACUUCCACACUUCCAAACAAACUUCAAGAGAAACUUUCUGACAAACGUCCAGACAAAGAUCCAGACAAACUUCCUGACAAACCUUCAGACAAGCUUCCCCUUCUAGACAAACUUCCUUACAUGUUUCUGCUAAACGUCCAGACAUACUUCCAGACAAAUUUCCAGACAAAUUCCAGACAAACCUCAAGACAAAUACCCAGGCAAACGUUCGGACGAUGAACUUCCAUUCAAGGCACACAUUUAAACAAACUUUCAGACAAUCGUCCGGACAAACCUCCGAGCAAACUUCCUGGCAAACUUUCGGACAAACAUCCAGACAAACGUCUGGACAAACCUCCUGACAAAUAUAAUAGAUUAAUUUCCAGACAACCUUUCUGUCAAACAUCCAGCCAAAGCUUCAGACAAAUUUUCAUACAAGUUUCCAGACCAACUUGCAGACACACGUUCAGUCCAGACAAAUUGGCUUCUACUCAAAGGCCAGGGCAAUAAUCAUACAACUGUAAAAUGGCCUAUUGCAUGACAAAACCCUGAAAAGCUUACCCUGUUCAGCGGCACCUUAUCCUUUCAGGUCAAAUAAGAGUGUUACCCUCGCCCCUUCAGUCAUUACCCUGAGUCGUUGCGUUUUGGUCACAUUAUAUCGCCCACUCUUAGAUGACUUUAUGUAGCAGCUUAUCCUAAGAAAAUUUUGUUAUUGUUUCUUCCUAUAUAUCCAAAGCGGGUUAGCCCAAACUGUAUGGCCCAAUUUUUGUUUUCGUAUCUAAGGACUAUUUUUAUCAACUCAGUAACCUUAGAAAAUUCCAAAUAACAUUUGUGGUCUACUUCACAGUGGGAUCUGAAGAUUGCCUUUUCCUAAACGUGUUUGUCCCAUCGACCAUCAAACCCGAAGAAAAAAUGGCAGUCAUGGUGUGGAUACAUGGCGGUGCUUUCUCCAUGGGUUCUUCCUCUGGUUAUUAUGGCGGGGUUUUGGCGGCCUUUAAUGAUGUCAUUGUUGUGUCAAUCAACUACCGCCUUGGAGUAAACGGCUUUUUUAAUGUCCCUGACACUGACGUCAAAGGAAAUUAUGGGAUGCUGGAUCAGGUGGGGAAAUAGUUUUCACCAAGUGAACUACCAUAGAUGCUCCAAUUAGCGUCUCCCCUCGAAUUAACACACCCAUCUGUUACAAAUCUUCUUGUCCUCCUUACAGAAUAUACAGAGUACAGUACGUUUACCCAGCGUCAGUGCAUAUAGCAUGAUCUGUACAGUCUACAAGAGAAUGACCCAUUCGAGAGUAUCGAAUGAUAAGAAGACGCGGCUCCUGUGACUGAAUAGCGAUCAUAGCACUGCCUUGAAUAAGGUGCCUCGAAUUAGCGCCCCUUUAAUUUUAACUCCAAAAUAAAAAAUGAAAAUAAAGCUUUCUCUUAUAAGUUGACAUUCACAGCCUGAAAUUUAAGAAUACGUUGAACAUCUCUGCUCUUGUUUCGACCACAGUGAUAUACAUAGUUAUGUAAUGGAUAUGUGAAAUGAUGAUGAUGAUGAUGCUGAACAGAGUGUGUUUAUUUGCAUGUAUUUUUUUUGUCUAUGGCAGGUACUUGCCUUAAAGUGGGUUCAAUCCAAUAUUGCAAGUUUUGGUGGCGAUCCAACAAGAGUGACCAUAUUUGGUCAAAGCGCGGGCGGAAUGAGUGUUUCGCUGCAUUUAGUAUCGCCACUGUCAAAAGGGUUAUUUCACAGAGCGAUUGUGCAGAGUGGUCCUUCCUCGACGCCUUUGUUUUGUGGAAAAGUCACUAAACCGAGGCAGUUGGAAGCGUUUGCAAAAGCUAUAAAUUGUAGCCUGGGGAACAGCGUUGUUAAAUGCGCUCGAGGCAAGACUGUUGAAGAGAUUCUCAAGGGACAAAUGGCGAUUACAAUGGGGAGCUACAAGGGAUCUUUAGAUAUUGUCGGUCCGAUAGUUGAUGGGGAAUUUCUCCCUGACUUACCAGAAAAUCUUUUUAGAGCAGGCAAUUUUAAUGACGUCGAUGUCAUAAUGGGCUUCACCUCAAAUGAAGGAGCGUUAUUACCAUUGAUAAGACCACCGGAACUUUUCAAAGAUGGAGUGGAGAAGGAAUUCUUUGAAUCCGUAGUGAGACAGGAGCUGCUUUAUUCCCGUGAACUGAAAAACAGCCUCGUGGAAGACUUGAUUUUGUUUGAGUACACUAGCCACGAUGACCCUGGCAACAAGCAUGCUUUGCGACAGUUGUUAAUGGACAGUUUCACGGAUUCAGGUUUUGUUUCUCCCGCUGUGUGGGAAGCUAGAGCUUUAGCCAAGGCGAGUAAAGUAAACAUCAAUUUAUAAUUAAAAUUCGUGAACAUGUCAGACGUGUUAAAAGAAUGGUUAUUGAUACUCAAGUGAAACUUAUGGAACGAUUGUCUAGCCCCGUUAGACAAUCGUUUCACCUAAUCCUAGAAACUUUCCCCAAAACAAUUGUACAUCGAUGUGGGAAGAGAGCCAAGUUGUCCCAAUAAAUAUUACAGGUAAAAACUCUUAAGUUCUAGUUUUGUGAAGAACGUGAACAAAAGACAACAAUUUCACCUUUCUGUUUUUUUGGACUUACAGACUUUUGGAAUCAACUCUAGAAAUAUUUUCAGAUAUUUGGCAAAUUGAACGAGAUGGAAUAACAGCGUUGAAGUUUGUUAAACUUCGGAAUCUGAGAGUUUCAGGUGCCGUUUUCGUAUGCAGCCAUUGCUAUCCUGGUUGCCUUAUCUCACUAAUGUCCCUGCGCGAGGUAACGUUUUUCAUCAAAUUGACAGGGAGGACGGCCACCUUACGUCUACAAGUUCAAUCAUCGUGCAGAGUGUUCACCAUUGCCUGAAUGGAUGGGUGUGGCCCAUGGCAUGGACAUUGCGUUUGUGCUUGGUGCUCCUUUUAAAGGUUUAUCGGAACCUUAUGUAAACCUCCUAUCGACAAAGUAUUCUGAGAUAGAAAAAGGACUUAGUUUGCACGUCAUGAAAAUGUGGACGGACUUUGCUAAGUAUGGGUAAGUGUGAUGUUUAUGUGCGAGUAAGUGUUGUUAUAUUAUUUUAGCAAUCAUGAAUAAAGCUGAGUAUGAUAUCAAGAGUUAUGCAUAUCCAAGGGACUGCUAUUCUCCUUGGCCUUCGCCUCGGUAGAUGACAGCCUCAGAGAUCUGCAUAACUCCUCACAUUAUGUGAAAGCUGAAUUCAAUAAUUGUUUUUUUUAUUCGUUAAAAAUAUUUCUAACCUCCUUACAAGCUUAACCCUUCUGAGACUUUUUCCUGAAUUUUUGGCCUAUUUCUCGGCCCGGCUCAAGGAUAUAAGCAUUUAUUUUCGCAGAUACCCCUAAAAAGAAAAGAAGGUAACAUCCAUAUGCUUUGCUUAUUCCUGGGUUUCUUCUGUUCAGUUUUAAUCAGAAAUUCAGCUGUUUCGUCUUUGAGCUCCUUUUUUCAGUUCACUGGUGAAUAAACAGCUGUGGUGCCGCGCCAGGAAACGAGGUUGAUCGAUGGUCUUUUGCUUAUGCAGCCUCAUUCCCAAUCAAAUAUUCUAUACACUAACCUCGCUUCCAAUCAGAUAUACCAUGGAGUGGAUGUUAUAUUGUUCGCGUCUUUCAAAUUUGGUCAGCGCCGGUUGGUUAUGUAGAAUUACCUGUGGGCAGGGGGGAGGUCGGGGGGAGGGGUGGAGCCAAUCCGGAAACGGCAACGUAUUUUGAAUGAAUAUCGAAUUCUUUAGAUUAACCUCCAAAAAGAUGUCAGUUACGAACAAUAUUUGUAAUUAUUAAUUUGAAGUCAUUUAAGACACAGGACUUUUUUUGGUUGCAUCAUGCAUGCUUUUAUCUUUUCCCUUAGGUUUCCAAUUCCACGCGACUCUGAUCCUACUCAAGUCACGUGGCCCCGGUUUACCGAACAAGAGCAAAAGUAUCUUGUCCUGGACCUGAAACCGAGGGUGGAGCGUAAUUUUAGAGCAGAGAAGGUGGCGUUUUGGAAUGAAAUCGUUCCGAAGGUGCUAGAGUUCACGAGAAAGAAACCCGAAGCUGUGAAUGAAAAGACACCGAAGGAUGAACUGUAA